UUGGGCAAGUGUUAUUACUGGGUUGAUUGUUGCCAGCAUUCCCACUAGUAUUCCCACCAGUAUUCCCACCACAUCAGGUAAACACGAUGUGCCAUCCGGACAACAUCCACCAUCCUUGUCUUUGCAUUCAAAAGUUCCGGCUGGGCAACUAAAUGUACCCGUACUGUUUGAGGGAGUGUUGGUCAAUAUUCUAGUCGGUACAGAGAUACGAGAUUCGCCAGGAAUUCCAUCUCUUCUUGAUAUCGAGCGUUGUGUGGCGGAAGAAAAGCUAUUUAAAAUCGCAAUAGUAAGAACAGGUAUCAAGAUAAAGUUCCUCAUGGUGGGGGGAAUCUUGAAUCAAUCAAGAGAGAGUGAGGGAAAGAGGGGGAGGGGAACGGUGGAUGUGUCGAAAAGGUUCGAACCGAGGAUGGGAUUUGAGAGCAAACACUUUCAACGUUUGCGUGGUCGCCGCAUAUUUAUGGGCUGCAUCGCAAUAGUCGUAUUGUAA